ACCGAAAUUCAAAACUCGAAAAUUUCAAGCCAAUUAUAAUUUUUUCCCACGCCAACUUGCGGCGCUCGACUUGUUGUCGUAGAAAAGUUCAAUCAAAAUUGCUAUCCUCACUUGGACUUCAUGACUUCAGCAUACUUCGCCAUCUGAUUUUCCGCUCUUCGUCCUCCACUUCAAUUCAAUGAACCCUACCGAGCACUGGGCUUCUCUCCUCCAACAAUGCCUGGAAACCCAAAAUCGAAUUGCCGGCAAAUCCAUCCAUGCCUACCUAACCAAAGCAGGCCUCCUCCAUCUCGGCCUCUACCUCACCAACAAUCUCAUCAACUUCUACUCAAAAGUCCGUCUCUUCUCCGACGCCUGUAACCUGUUCGACGAAAUGCCUCUGAAGAAUAUCUUCACCUGGAACUCCAUUCUUUCCAUGCACGCUAAAAGCGGACAAAUCGACACGGCUAACAAAUACUUCGAUCUAAUGCCUGAGAAAGAUUCGGUCUCCUGGACCGCCAUGAUCGUCGGGUGCAACCAGGCGAGUCUAUUCCGCAAAGCUCUGCAAAUUCUCUUGGCGAUGGUUCGAGCAGGAUCCCCUCCGACCCAAUUCACCUUAACAAAUAUUCUCUCCUCCUGCGCUGCAAUGAAGGAUCACAACAUUGGGAGGAUCAUGCAUUCCUUUGUUGUCAAGUUAGGUAUGAGUAGCUGCAUUCCUGUUGCAAAUUCACUUCUCAAUAUGUAUGGAAAAUGUGGUGAUGCAUUGAUGGCAAAGGUGGUUUUUGAUAGGAUGAAGGUGAGGACGGUAUCGAGUUGGAACACGUUGAUCUCACUUUACUCGCAAUCAGGGCAGAUGGACAUCGCUUGUUCCCACUUCGACGAGAUGUGCGAGCGAAGCAUCGUGUCAUGGAAUGCGAUAAUUGCGGGUUUCAAUCAGAAUGGAUCUGAUUUAGAAGCUCUUCUCUUCUUCUCUAGAAUGCUGAAAGAAACUCAAAUGAUCCCGGAUCACUUCACAAUCACAAGUGUUCUAUCCGCUUGUGCUAAUCUUGGGAUGCUGAAGAUUGGCAGGCAAAUCCAUGGCUAUCUCAUUAGAACUGAGAUGGAGAUUGUUUGGCAGGUUGCCAAUGCUUUGAUUUCAAUGUACUCUAAAUCAGGUGGAGUAGAAAAUGCUCGCAGGAUUGUAGAGCAAACGGUUGUGUCAGAUUUAAAUGUGGUAUCUUUCACUGCUCUACUUGAAGGUUAUGUCAAGCUGGGAGAGAUGCAACCAGCAAGAGAAAUAUUUGAUUCUAUGAAGCACCGCGACGUCGUGGCGUGGACAGCGAUUAUUGUGGGGUAUGUCCAGAACGGUUUCAACAAAGAGGCAAUGGAACUCUUCAGUUUGAUGGUGGGUGAAGGUCCUGAGCCAAAUAAUUACACCCUUGCUGCCAUUUUGAGCGUUUGUGCAAGUCUAGCAGCAUUGGAGCAUGGCAGGCAGAUCCAUUCCAAAGCAGUUAGGUCAAAGGAAGGGCUUUCAGUCUCUGUCAGCAAUGCAUUAAUAACUAUGUAUGCAAAGUCUGGGUGCAUUGAGCUGGCAAGAAGGGUGUUCGGUGAAAUAAGGUUGGCCUGCGAACCGGUUUCAUGGACCUCCAUGAUCAUUGCUCUAGCACAGCAUGGUUUGGGAGAAGAAGCUGUAAACAUGUUUGAGAAAAUGCUUUUUCAUGGUGUUGUGCCUGAUCAUAUCACAUAUGUUGGUGUAAUAUCUGCUUGUACUCAUUCAGGAUUGGUAGAGAGAGGAAAAGAUUAUUUUUCAAUGAUGCAGAAUGUUCAAAAGAUCAAGCCAACAGCUAGCCACUAUGCCUGCAUGAUUGAUCUUUUCGCUCGCUGUGGAAGACUGGAGGAAGCACAGGAUUUUAUAAAAUUGAUGCCGGUAGAACCCGAUGCCAUAGCUUGGGGAUCACUUCUUUCUGCUUGCAGGGUUCACAAAGAUGCAGAUUUGGCGAGGUUUGCUGCGGAUAGAUUGCUCUCAAUUGAUCCUGAGAACAGCGGAGCUUAUUCCGCGCUGGCGAAUGUAUAUUCUUUGUGUGGUAGAUGGCAAGAAGCUGCGGCGGCAUGGAAGUUGAUGAGAGAUAAAGGUGUAAAGAAAGAGAAGGGAUUCAGCUGGAUUCACAUCAAAAACAAAACUCAUGUGUUUGGAGUAGAAGAUGGAUUGCACCCAAUGAGGGAAGCCAUAUAUGAAAUGGCUGGGAAGGUGUGGGUGGAGAUAAAGAAGGCUGGAUUUGUUCCUGAUACUGAGUCGGUGUUGCACGAUGUCGAUGAGGAGCUGAAGGAGAGGAUGCUUAGUCUUCACAGCGAGAAGCUUGCUAUUGCAUUUGGACUAAUGAGCACCUCAGAAAAUACAGUGUUGAGGAUAAUGAAGAACUUGAGGGUGUGCAAUGAUUGCCACAAUGCUAUAAAGUUUAUUUCUAAAGUAACUGGGAGGGAGAUCGUGGUGAGAGAUGCAACAAGGUUUCAUCAUUUCUGGGAUGGGUUCUGCUCUUGCAAAGACUACUGGUAGGGAUGAGUGAUGUAAGUAUUUUAGUAGCUGAGAACUUAACACAAAGGCAUGCAAAGUUUGAUUUGACUGUCUUCCGAAUUUUAUCGAAUUUAUGAUUGAAUUGAUUAAGAAGAUGGACAUACUGAUAAUUUAUUGGCUAACUGUAUAGAGUUUUGACUUGACAAAGAAAUAAUAGACAAUUUGUGUUUUAGUGCUGCAAGUAUGACGAUUUAUUGUUUUUACAGGCCAUGUAGAAUCAGUCAAUUUAUGAGGUGGCAAACUACUAGAUCAUUUGUCGCAAGAUUAAAUUAGUGCCAAGUGACUUGUACUGAUUAAGGGAGUGUUUG